AUGUUUCUGCUCUCUGCAUUGACCGGCGUGUUCGUGAUAUUUCACAGAGAAAUCGAAGAGAAACAACACCUGGAAGUUUCGCUUCGCACUCACCAGGUGGAGCUGAAAUCUCAGAAGACCGCCGUGCAGCAGCUGCAGGAAAACAAGCGAACGCUCGAGCAGCAGCUCGCGCAGGCCAAUCAGGCGCAGGCGAUCGCCGAACGGCUCGCGAGCGAGAACGCGGACGUGCAGCGCCUCCUGGAGGAGAAAACGGUCGACGGAUGCUCACUGGCGGCGCUGACAGCUCGCCGCGUCGGCGAAAUGGACGAGGCGAGGCAGGUGGCGCUAGCGGGCGCGGAGAAACUCGUGGCGGAGGUCGCCGCCCUGAAGGGGGAGCUGGAGAGGCAGAGAGCGCAGUUCAAGGACGACCACUCAGACAUAUCGGCGGAAAACGAGCAGUUGCACGCAGAGCUGGAGAGCCUGAGACAAGAGAACAAGUUGAAUGAGGAAGCCCUCGCUCACGCCACGCUCACCUACACGCAUCAGCUGGGGCAGGCGCGUGCGGACGCCGCCGCCGCCGCGCGUGACCUCACAGACGAGCGGACGCGCCGCACCCGCGCUGCCGCCGACGCCGAGUCACUGACCAACCGCAUCGCCGCGGCAACCAAGAGAUGCAGCACUGAAGCAGCGCGCGAGCUCGAACACAAGGACAGCAGUCUGCGUCAGCUAGAGGUCAAGGUCGUGAAGGUCAAGGAGGAGAACGCUCUCAAUCUUAGAGCUGAGCUUCACGUUCUCCUCCUUGACCUGACUCACGAGCUUGAGCACGCGCUGCGCGAAGGCGACACACACGCAGGUGGGUCGCAGCGCGGCGGCGGCGGAGAGGAGCUGGGGGGAAGGAUCCCGGACGGCCGCCCUCUGUGGACCAGCCUUCAGGCACAGGCGACCGAACAGCGGCAGACAAUAGAACAGCUAACGGUGAAGCUGCAACUGACGGAGGAGGGAUUCGCGGCGAGUCGCGCGGACCUAGGGGGCGCCAGGGAGAGCUUGAACGCCGUCGCUGCCGACAAGGUGCGCUGGUUGAGAAGUUUAUCUUCUAUGACGAUUGGAGUUGGAAUCCACGCGAUUGGAGGCCACCCACCACCAGGUGGUGCACCAGAGAACGAGAGUUUUUAUGCUGUGGCGGACCUGCGAGUCGCAGGAGGCGCGGCGUUCGCGCGGAGAUUCGCUGGCGAGCGCGCGGAGGAGAACGCUCGUCUGGAGUCUCGUCUGCUGGAGGAGACGGCUGUUCGCAGCGCCAUCUCUCAGGAGGUUCUCGACUCGCAGAAGAUGUGGGAGAUGGAGGUCAAGUCAAGGUCGAAGCUCGUUUUGUUUCUUUUUAUUGAUCAUCGGGACGCUGAGAUCAGAAUCGUCGCAAAGCAUACAGCCUUCACUAGGAGCGCUUGCAAGACUGCCGUAACUACGCAACAGGUGGCGCUGCUAAAGACGGCAGCUCAAGACGGUAAAGGCAAAGAUGAGACGAUGGUGAGCAGCCUCCGCAAGCAGAACAAUGACGAGCGCGCCCGCCAGGGGUCGCUAGCGGCCGAGACGGAGCGACUGCGUGGCCUGUACGACCGCGAGGCGAGUGAGAAGGAGAAGCUAGCGGACAAGCUGAACCGGGCGAAGGAGGCGGCGGCCGCGGAGAAACACAGCAGGCUCGUCGCCAGUCUCAACAACAAGUCGCAGCUGCCGCCCGAUGUGCGGACCGACCUACAGAGGGCGCUGUCGUCGCCGUCGCCGAGCUCUCGUCUGACCGGUGUCGCCCCCUAG